AUGCCUGAUUUGUGUUUAAAUUGCAAUACUCUUGUUAGACCAAGGCAACAUGCCAUUACUUGUGAUGAAUGUGGAAAAUGGUGUCACAGGAAGUGUAAUACAGUCAAUGAAAAUGAUGGCUCCAAUGAAGCUAAUGUUGCCAAUGAGGAUGAUAGUGAUCACUCCUUAGCUCUGUCAAAUUUUGACAUUACAAGGGAUAUUAAUGCAGAAGAACAACUUGAAAAUGAAUUGCUUCCAGAUGAUGACCUCUCAGAAACUGUCGUUGAAGAUACUGAAGAUGUCACUUAUGAAGUUGUACCAGAACAGAAGGAACUAAACGUAGGAAACCUCCAAGUCUUUGUCUUGUUUAUCUAUCUGCGACGCUUCGAAGAUCGUAUCCGAAACGUAGUCAAAUUAUGA